GAAAAUGCGAAUAAAAUUUUUUUCCUCCCGAUCGUGCGCCUCUUCUACUUUUGCCCCCCCAGGCUGCAUACUUUUAAGCGCUCGAGAUGUCUCUCGGUGUCUCUCGCGCUAUAUACACGACUAAAGACGCGGAGGGAAUGAUGACCUUGCCCACUUAUUGCUUGUCAUUGUAGCGAAUUCUCGCAACAUGGGGUUGGAGAAGUGAAGAGGAAUAAAAUCAACAAGUACAAGCCGGCCACGUCGAGGAGCUCGUCGCGACUAUGCCGGGCACGGCGGCGUUACGCACCAGACUCCAACAGUUGUGCCUGUGCCGCCUCAAGAUAUACGCGCAUCAGAAGAAGAGAACGAGGGACCCUUGCAAGAGGAAGAGGCAGGUCUUCGUGUACAAUCCGGAGGAGGCGAUCUGGCACGAGCCCUACAUGCAGUCGCUUCGCCGCGAGUUCUCGGACGUGUCCGUGCUGUGCGACUCCAAGACCGAGCUACCCUGGCGGGACAUCGCCCUGCCGACGACGGGCAUGCGGAUUCGUCCCGGCGUGGAUCGAAAGCCGGACGAGGCCGAGACGGACGAGGAGGCGGAGACGAUGAAGAUCGUCGAGAAGCAAGAGUCCAACGACGUCAUGGUACUGCCGUGGCGGGAUCUGCUCAUCACGGAGACCCUGCCGGUCGCGUUGGACGACACGGGGAUCUGCGACUCCACGGUGGAGAUACCCUGGGCCGACCUGGCGCUAGAGAGGCCGGUGCAGAUCCGUCCGCCGCGGGAGCAGGAGCAGACCUGCGCGACCGACGACGUCGAGAUACCCUGGGACGCGAUUCUGGUGCCGCGUAACAUCGUCAUAAGGCCCGAGAGGAAGCGGAAGCAUCCCUCGUCCGACCGACCACCGCGCCCGCGUGCCGAUCCCACGAUGUGCAUCCCCUGCGGCACGCCUGUCUGCUGCGCGAAGAUCCGCGCGAAAACCCGCUCGGGAACCCACUCGAAAACCCACGCGAACAACCCACACGUUGCGGGCUCCAAUUGGCUCCUCACCUGCAUGUAGGGCUGUGCGCGCGUAAAUAUUUAUUUACUGAUUUGAUUAAAUUUUGAUUUCUCAACCCCUAAAA